UUGCGCGGAUUGAUGGCAUCAUCGAAGCGACUGGUCCGGAAGGAAGUAGCGUGCUGAGGGGUGUGGCGGUUUCUGCGGUUGCACGGGGGUUCAGACGUGUACGGAGCGCCUGGAGGGACAGCCUGGAUACAGGUUCACUGAUGGCUCAGUUGGGAGCAGUUGUGGCUGUGGCUUCCAGUUUCUUUUGUGCAUCUCUCUUCUCUUCUGUGCACAAGAUAGAAGAGGGACAUAUUGGAGUAUAUUACAGAGGUGGUGCCCUGCUGACCUCCACCAGUGGCCCCGGCUUCCAUCUCAUGCUCCCAUUCAUCACAUCCUAUAAGUCUGUACAGACCACUCUCCAAACAGAUGAAGUGAAGAAUGUACCAUGUGGGACCAGUGGUGGUGUGAUGAUCUACUUUGAUAGAAUUGAAGUGGUGAACUUCCUGGUCCCAAAUGCAGUGUAUGAUAUAGUGAAGAACUAUACUGCAGACUAUGACAAAGCCCUCAUCUUCAACAAGAUCCAUCAUGAGCUCAACCAGUUUUGCAGCGUGCAUACACUUCAGGAAGUCUACAUCGAGCUGUUUGAUCAAAUUGAUGAAAACCUCAAGUUGGCUUUGCAACAGGACCUGACCUCCAUGGCCCCAGGGCUUGUUAUCCAGGCUGUACGAGUGACAAAGCCCAAUAUACCUGAGGCAAUCCGCAGGAACUAUGAGCUGAUGGAAAGCGAGAAGACGAAGCUUCUGAUUGCAGCCCAGAAACAGAAGGUGGUAGAAAAGGAGGCCGAGACAGAGAGGAAGAAGGCCCUUAUUGAGGCAGAAAAAGUGGCUCAGGUUGCAGAAAUCACCUAUGGGCAGAAGGUGAUGGAAAAGGAGACGGAGAAGAAGAUUUCAGAAAUUGAAGAUGCUGCAUUUCUGGCCCGGGAGAAGGCGAAGGCUGAUGCUGAGUGCUACACUGCUCUGAAAAUAGCAGAAGCAAAUAAGCUCAAGCUGACUCCAGAAUAUCUGCAGCUGAUGAAGUACAAGGCCAUUGCUUCCAACAGCAAGAUUUACUUUGGCAAAGACAUCCCCAACAUGUUUAUGGACUCUUCAGGUAGACUGGGCAAGCAGUUUGAGGGGCUGACUGACAAGCUGGGUUUCAGCUUAGAAGAUGAGCCCCUAGAGGUGACCACAAAGGAUAAUUGAAAAAAAAAAAAAAAUGUAUACAACCUCUGAUUGUGACGCUUAGAGAGAGCUUUAUUUUUUAAGAUGAAACAGAAUGCUCCUCCUUCCCACACCACCUUCUUAGACUCUUCGAGUUACUGUGGUAAAAAAGGAAGAAGUGGACAUGAAUCUACCCCCCUUCUGGGAAGGGAGAGCAGAUGGAGAAUUGUUUUUUAUUUUAAUUCAGGUAAGUAGGUUAUAUGACUUCUGGUAAGGUGUGUACAUCCUAGGUUUGACCUCUGACCUGCAGGCACCAGCUUAGUGGGAAAUGUGUGACUGCUGCUUCCUCAUGGUUUGAUUUCCUUCAUGGGAAAAUUGGUUCCACAGUUCUCUUCCUUGCCUCUGAUGAAGGCAGCGUUGUCUGCAUGUGGGGCUACCAACUGACCAGGCAUCUGCUAUGGCACAUGAGCCACAGAGAGCAGUGGUCUGCUGGGCUUUUUAACAGUGCGAGUGGGUUACUCUCGAGUUAAGCUGGGUUGAGCCCUCCUUCGGAAGAACCUGGUGCUAGGUUUUGCAAGAUUUUCUAUACACUGUACUCUUGCCCUAGUGUUUUCUGACUACAUCUCACCGCAGCAGGGCUCAGUCACCCCACACACUCCUUUUUCAGAUUUUCACCUGAUCUGUGAUUUGAUUUCUUCUUGAAUAAUCUAUCCAUUAGUUCCACUCAGCAUCAAGAUGGGAGCAAGUGUCUGACUGGCUGAUGAAGUAGUCCCCUUAUACCAUUAGGCACUGUAGUACUAUUUGACUACUUAGGAGUAUACCUUUAAGACCUUAUCAUUAUAGAGCUUCUUUAUUGAAGAGCUCUUGACACUGGAGGAGAAAGAGCCAGCCAGUAGGUAUACAAGUAGUAGUGCCUAUGGCGUGUGCUGGGGGUUUAUCUGACACAUUGAUAGUGAUCUUUGAAAUCCAGAGCAGCUACAUAGAUGCAAGUCAGAGUUGAUGCCCAUGCCCUGUGGGCAGCAUUGAAUCCUCAUGUUUUGUUUUUCAUUGCUAGUUAGGAAAACAAAGAGUCACCCUAGGAGAUUCAGGAUGGGAAGAACAAAUAUGAAAGAACAGUAUUUCUUAGAUCCUGAAAUUGGGUGGGAGCAGGGCUACAACUUGUAUGGCCUGUGAGUGCUGCACAGAAGACCUUUGUGUACGGCAGCUAUGCAGAGUUAAUGCUGCCAUGGCAGUACCCUGUGUAACUGUGCCCAGCUCCAACAUAGGACUUGGCCUUGUUAUUAGCUGCUCCCCCCUCCACCCUCCCACACACACAAAGCACCUAUUGUUAUCUUUAGGUGAAUACUAUAAUUAUAUGAUAUAGAACCAAAAAUGAGGAUUGAUACCAGAAAAUAAGUCAGGCCAAUUUGCUUCUAAGUGACUGGCACUAGGCUUGUCGGGUAUUUGGCUAGCAUUUGGCCUGACUGGAAAGAAGCACACUUGAGAUGUUGCCCUUCCCUGUUCUAACUCCUUGUACAGAGAUUUCUCAGGCCACUGGUCCUGGUCACACUUUGUACAGACUACAAAGUGUUCCUGGAAAGGAUAGAUACAAUGUGCUCAGAAGUUCUUGCGAAAGUGGGGUCCCCCCACUCCCAAGACCAACUCAUCUUCCUCCCACUUGCUGCUGAUAAUCACUUGUUGAGAGCAACCUGCCAUAGCCAGCAUCCCCUCUUCUUCCUGAGCCUCAGAAACACUAUUUCACUGGAGUCAGUGCAGGAGUAAGUCUGAAAGUCUGGCUGCUACUUAGGUUCAGAUAAUUGGUCCCUUAUCACAAAGAGCCUCCGUAAAGUCCUGCUGCAAGUGCUGCUUCCCCACCUUUGAAUGUCACUUCUUUAACAAAACAUGUGAAUGUUCCCAUGUCAUUAACACAAAUUCAGUAGAUGUUGGUAUCUGUCCCAGCAGUAAAAUCAUGGAAUUCAGCUGUCUUUUUAGAAUGGGACACGUAGCCCAUCUGUCUGUAUGACUUUGUUUUUUGUAAUACUAGAAAAUCUGAUUGUAAAGCAUUUAAAUUUGAAAGAUGUGAAACGUGAUAAGCAGGCAGUGAAGUCAUGGCUGCUAUUUAUAUAGAGAACUUCUAUCAAAAUAAGUAACUUGUUUGUAAAAUUCAGUUUUUGUAGGAUUUCCCCAAGGCACAGCCACCUUGGUAAAAUAUUUCUCACUCACUAAACUUCACAGAAGCAAUUCCUAUUCAGAACAGUUUUUAGUCGCUUUCCAAUAUAUGGUCAAUGUUUGUAAGGAAGCAUAAGUUUAAUAACUUUUUAUAACUAAAAAUAGAGGAAUCAGUGUGGUUGCUAAGUUGAGGAGCAGGGAACCACUGAAUGAUCUGAGUAAUACAGUGAUCUAAAGAAGGCAGAUGUUUCAUAAAUGACUGUGGGUGUAAUUGUAUCUUGUAGAACUGAGUUGGAAAUUGAUAAGCUGUACCUUGACAAAUAGCUACUCUGUAAAUUUCAGUGGUUGUCUUCAGUGGGUUUCUAGCCACUGUUUAUUUACUUAUAAAAGCUGUAAAGGGCAAUCAUGUGUCUUUACUUCCAUUCCUUUUUAUCUAUACUUGUGUGUAAACUGGUGAUUGAAUAGUCAUAGCAAUUUUUUCAAUGUGCCCCAAGGGCAUUAGUGAGCCUUUAUAGCUGAAAAAUGAUUCUUGUUAUAUUAAUCAUUCCAUGAAUAAUAGGUUAAUUACCUUGGGUUAAUAACUCCAGGAAUUAUUUUAGACAACACAAAAGGUCUCAUGUGAAUAUACUUAUAUCUUGGAUUUAAUUUCAGUCUUGCUAAAUAAAAUGUCUUUUGUCUUUA